UACCAGGAAAUUGCUGCUUCAACGUUGCGCACCUGGUGAGUGCCGCACGCACGCGCUUACCUGGAAAAAAAAGAACCACGCGCACACAAAACUCGCAGCUGUUUGGAUGUUGCCUCUUUGUCAACGCGACAGGCGAGCACGUCCGAAUCUCUCAGUGGGUUCUGUGAUGUCACUCUCCCAAGUGAGCAGCCCCCGAAAAACAACAAAAACGAGUGACGGGUACCUGGGGGCAAAGAUGGAGGGCUGCGGUAUCAGCGGGGGGGUGUGGCUGACAGAAGAAGACGACGUCAGAGAGCACGCAGAGGCCAAAACUUUGCGGCAAACGGAGAAGACCACGGAUCCCCAAAGAGGUGGGCGGGGCUGCCCCAGUCGGGAUAUCCUGAAGGUGGGCGUGUCUCUGACGACCUCAGCCAUCUUCUUCCCCUUCCUGGUGUGGGGGGGCUUCGUCUUCCUGCCCUUUGAUGCCCCCCUGUUGGAUGGUGCCCCCCUCAGGAUGCUCUACGCGUUGCGCUGCUCCGUCUUUGCUGCCACGCCCGUCAUCUUGGGCUGGCUGGCGGUGGGCGUGACGCGCGUGAGGUCCGGCAUCGUUCGUCCAAUUUUAGACGAGACGGAGGCGGCGGCUCUGAAGGGUCUCGGUGUUCACUGGAAGUACACACGGGACUCGGUCAGCCUCUUCCUGAUGUACGUUCUGCAGCUUGUCGUCCUGGCCAUGUACCUGAGCCAGGAACACCUGAAGCUUGUGCCUCUGCUCGCCAUCGUCUUUGCCCUUGGACGGUCGGUUUAUUGGGUGGCCGCCGUGCUCGGCAGCAGCGUUCGGGCUUUCGGAUCGGGUUUGUCCUUCCUGCCCGCUCUGGCGAUGGCGGUGGCCAACUUGGUGUUCACGUUCGGCUCGGCUCGGGAUCCCGACGCGUCGUCGCCCGUCGGCAGGCAGAGGUUUUGGGGAUGA